AGUUAUAAAUGGAGUCUCAUGAGUCGUAAUGUACAGGUUACGACAGCAAAUUUUUGCUCUCACAUACCGUUUCCAAUUUCGCAAUCUAAAACCCUCCCAAAAAGCAAUUGAGGAGAAGUGAACAAAACUGAUAGCCAGAAGUGUCUGUGUAGCAAGAGCACGGCGGUCACCAUGGCGCAAGAUAACAAUAAGAGGAAGAAACCAAAUAUACUGAUAACUGGGACUCCCGGAACAGGUAAAACGACGACGUCCUCUGCUCUGGCUGAGGCAACGCAGCUCCGCCACAUAAAUAUCGGAGAUUUGGUCAAAGAGAAGAACUUGCACGACGGCUGGGACGACCAAUUCGAAUGCCACGUCAUCAAUGAGGACCUGGUAUGUGAUGAGCUUGAGGAUAUAAUGGAAGAAGGUGGAAACAUAGUGGACUAUCAUGGUUGUGAUUUCUUUCCAGAACGGUGGUUUGAUCGUGUUGCAGUGCUUCAAACUGACAAUUCUGUGCUAUAUGAUCGCCUGAAUAAGAGGGGGUACUCACAAAACAAGAUUUCGAACAAUAUUGAAUGUGAAAUUUUCCAAGUUCUGUUAGAAGAGGCAAAAGAAAGUUAUCCGGAAGAUAUUGUUUUAGCAUUAAGGAGUGAUUCUAUUGAGGACAUCAGUAGAAAUGUUGCUACUUUGACAGACUGGGUGAGGAAUUGGCAACCUGUAUCGUAAUUGAACUAUUUCGAAUGUCCUGUUUAUUAUGUUCUUUCUCUGGUGCAAGUGGCUAUUGAGGUAUUCAGCUCUUUCUUUAGCAGGAUUUUGAUAUAUGUAUCUUGGUUUUCUUAUGCUGCUUGGAAGCAAGUCAGAAUUGUUAAAUUUUGAACAUUUGCAUUUUCUUUUACAUAGAUUUUGGAACAAAUCCAUGUGAAAUUCAUUUCAUUAAAAAAUUAAUUUAUAUAUGAGUUUUCAUGUUUGGAUCAACCAUA